AUGGGCAACGGAUAUGAUCAGCACAGCCUUCACCGCCGCAGCCGUCCCGACCAAAAGUCCAUUUUCUUGCCAAUGUUCUGCCGACUUUCCCUCACAGACAUAAUCAACCCACACUGCCGCAAAAACCCAAUCUCCGGCGACGGAGAGCCUUCCUCCCCCAAGGUCAGCUGCAUGGGACAGGUCCACCGGAACAACCGCGUCAUCGGCUUCCCGGCCGCCGCACCAGUCGCCGGCGCCGCCCACCACCACCAACACCACAGAUACUCCAGGCUCAGAAAACUCUUCUCCGGCAAAACCCUCCUGCCCCCGCCCACUUCCUCCAUUCCCGCCGCCGGAGGCGCCAGAUUUGGGGGCUGCCGGGGCAGCCGAUGUCCGAAAGGUUUGAGAAGGUUGAAGGUGAAGAACGAUGGUGAUUGUGGUGAGACUGUGGAUGUCUGCGAGCUGGAUCCGCCGCUGCCGGUGGUGAGGAGAGCGGCGCCGGAGGGGGGCUGCGGCGGCGGCGAGGCGAGCUUGUGGCGGAGGAGAUUUACCGGGGCAGCGGCGCUGAAAGCGCUACAGAUUGAACAGAUUCGUAAUCAACCACCAACUGUGAAUUGA